AUGGAAAUUAAUCAUACAAAUCACUCCCUUGUUACACAAUUCAUAAUUGUUGGUUUUUCAGAUCUCAACGGAUGUGAAAGUCUACUUUUCGUCUUGCUAUUCUUUAUCUACUUUUUCACACUCAGUGGUAAUGUUACAGUAAUAACUCUUAUUUAUACACAGAAACACCUGCAAGUUCCACUCUACUUUUUUGUUGUUAUACUUUCCUUCUUGGAGAUUUGGUAUACAACAGUUACAAUACCUAAAAUGUUGGCAAACCUGCUGAAUCAGAAGCUUAUCUCAUUUAUUGGAUGCAUUUUACAGAUUUAUUUCUUACACUGUCUGGGCAUCACUGAGACCUAUCUUUUAACAGCAAUGGCAUUUGACCGCUAUGUUGCCAUAUGCAAUCCUCUUAGGUAUCCAACCAUAAUGAACACAAAAUUUUGUUUCCAUUUGGUGGGUUACUGUUGGGUUAUUGGGCUCAUUGGACCUACGCCCCAAAUACUUUUGCUUUCCAAACUGAAGUUCUGUUCCUCAAACAAGAUUGAUCAUAUUUUUUGUGACUUUGAUCCUCUAAUGAAAUUAGCAUGUUCUGAUAUUUCCCUCAAUCUUUCUGUGGACUUUGCUAUGUUUUCCAUUCUUUUGUUCUUUGCUUUAUUUUGUAUAAUUUAUUCAUACUUCAAGAUAAUUUCAGUCAUUUUAAAAAUAAGAUCAAUACAGGGGCAGAAACGGGCAUUUUCAACUUGUGUUGCACAUCUCACUGUGGUAAUGCUCUUUUUUGGUAGUGUGGGCUUCAUGUAUGUAAGGGUGACCAAAAAUUAUCCUAUUGUUUUUGACAGAGUGAUGGCCGUGAUUUACUCAGUUAUAACCCCCAUGUGUAAUCCAAUUAUUUAUAGCCUGAGAAACCGAGAAAUCAGAGAUGUAAUAAGGAAAAAACUUUUAAAACUCCUAAAUAAUUCCUAG